GCACUCGCGUGUGCCGGGGCCGAGGCUGGGAUCGGGCGCCGCCGCAGCGCGGAAGCCGGGCGGGAGCCGGGACCUGGCCUGAGCGGCACACCCGCCAUCGCAGCUGUCCCUGCCUUGAUGUGCAGCUCAUGGGGCACCCCCAGAGCACUCUCUAACAAACGGGGCAGCCGCUGGGACCRCACCGCACCCAUGGACACCCACGGCUUUGAACCCCGCCUUUCUCAGUGCUUUCUGCUAGUAAUACCUUCGGGUUAUUGCUAGAACGCAGGACGAGUUUGAAAAGGCGCAUGCUGAUUGUUUACUGUCUGCGUUUCUCAGCUGUGGCAGAGUGAGCCAGUUUCGCUUUCAGUUCUGGGCGCUUCAGCCCUUCAGACAGGAGUGGAUASGUAUUUAAAGAGUUCAUGAGCGAAAUAGUAGGUUUGAGUUGUAUUUAGUCAGGAAGUAGUGUCGCUACAUUGAACUUGGUUUGCUGUUAAAGGCGYUUUACUGGUUGAUUUCUGCGGGGAAAAACUGAACAUGAUGUUACAAUAUGACCAAAGGCUAAGUCUUGAAAACAUGAUUCCUGCAACUGUUCACACUGUCCUGAGUGCUCURUAUUUAUGCUGCCACAGAAAGAUCUGGUUACACUCGGAGGAGAAAAAACACAAGAAACACUAAGGACUGAAAUGUGCUUGCAGCUAAGGUAUCCUCAUCAUGAAUAGGUACAAAACUAUCAGACAGCUUGGUGAUGGGACCUACGGCUCUGUUCUCCUAGGGAGAAGCAUUGAAUCUGGAGAGCUAAUAGCCAUUAAAAAAAUGAAGAGGAAGUUUUAUUCCUGGGAGGAAUGCAUGAACCUUCGAGAGGUUAAGUCUUUGAAGAAAUUAAACCAUGCCAAUGUAGUAAAGCUGAAAGAAGUUAUUAGGGAAAAUGAUCAUCUGUAUUUUGUGUUUGAAUACAUGAAGGAAAAUCUUUAUCAGUUAAUGAAAGAGAGAAACAAACUGUUCCCUGAGUCCACAGUUAGGAAUAUUAUGUACCAGAUCCUGCAAGGGCUUGCAUUUAUUCAUAAGCAUGGGUUCUUUCACAGGGACCUGAAACCUGAAAACCUGCUUUGCAUGGGACCAGAACUUGUGAAAAUUGCAGACUUUGGCUUAGCCCGAGAAAUCCGAUCUCGACCUCCUUACACUGAUUAUGUAUCCACAAGAUGGUACAGGGCUCCUGAAGUCCUUCUCAGGUCCACSAGCUAUAGUUCUCCAAUAGAUAUUUGGGCUGUUGGUUGCAUAAUGGCAGAAGUUUACACGCUGAGGCCUCUCUUCCCAGGCGCCAGUGAAAUUGAUACUAUAUUCAAAAUUUGCCAAGUCUUAGGGACCCCAAAAAAGAACGACUGGCCUGAAGGCUACCAACUUUCAGCUUCCAUGAAUUUUCGCUGGCCUCAGUGUGUACCUAACAACCUAAAAACUCUGAUACCUAAUGCUAGCAGUGAAGCAGUACAGCUCAUGAGAGACAUGUUGCAGUGGGACCCCAAAAAGCGGCCAACAGCUAGUCAGGCACUUCGUUACUCAUACUUCCAGGUUGGGCAUGCCCUGGGCAUUUYGGAACUGGGAAAACAAAAGGAACUGCAUAAUAAACCAUCUCUGCAUAUUAAGCCUGUCCCUCCAGCACAGCCCCCUCCAAAACUUCAUGCCCGAAUUUCGUCAAGGCCUUUUCAACAAAGCCAGUCUUCUCAGCACGUGGUGUAUGCAUGUAAGACAGACAACUCUGGGGSUGAGCACAGUAACUACUUACAGCAGGACAAGUCUAACCAGGUUCUUCUGCCUGCAAUUCACAAUAAAGUUUCUCAGCAGAAAAUAUCUGCUGGGUCGGAGAAUAUAAAAGGUGAGCUUAAACCAAAACCUAGGCGAAGAUGGGGGCAUCUUCCCAGGACACUGAAGAGUUCUGAAGACUGGGAUGACUUGGAAGACCUUGAUUUCAGCUCUUCCAUCAUGAGAAUGGACUUGAAAAACAAGAAGAGGCAGAAUGAUGAAACUCUUUGYAGAUUUGAAAGCAUUUUGGACCUAAAGCCUUCAGAUCCUGUAGGCUCUGGCAGCACUGCACAAACUUCCCAUGCAACCUUUUCACGGCAGGACACUCCCACAUUGCGAGUUUCUGCAGCAAAGCAACACUACUUAAAUCAUUCUAGGUAUCGACCUGGAAUAAGCACAAGGAAUAGCAUAGUCUCCACUUCAGACAAAGAGUCUGUUCCAUCCAAUCCCUGGCCCAGUUCUGGUUUGUCUGGGAAAACUUCCAGUUUAGGAGGAAGUACUACCAACAGGAUGAAUUCAGGGCCCAUAGGAUCAAGCAGUCUAACGAGUGCUUACGUCCCUUCGUUUCUGAAGAAGGRAGUAGGUUCUGCUGGGCAAAGGGUUCAGUUAGCACCAGUUGUGGAACCACCUUCUGAUUUUGCUCCUCUGACAUCAGUCAGACCCCUUCUUGGAUGGCCAUCGUUCAGUUCACCUACCAAAAGCUCGCCAAGGUUGAUGCCUCUCCCACCAGCAGCAGAGCCGAUCCACGGGCGYGUUGACUGGUCUGCCAAGUACAGCRCUCACCGGUGACURCGGAAAUACUCUCUGAGCAGUGCGUGUUCCCAGGAAAUGGUGGCCACCAUGAGACCAUUUCAUACUGGUUUAUAUAUCUGUACAUUUAAAAGAAGUAGAUCUUCCAUGAAUGAGACAUUUUGACGGGGUUUUUUACUUAUUUGCAUUUAUUUGAAUGCAAUCUUGUACCUUUUUGUAUAAAAAUUAUUUGUUAUAUAAUUGGGUCCAGUUAUUUUCAUAAAAGUGAUGCAUUUUGUAUAUAAGGCUUAUGGGAUUUGGCAUUUUUAUACAGCAAAUUUUUAUAAUGAACUUUUUAAAAAUUUAACUCUUAGUAGAUUCAACUUCUUUAUAGAAGCAGAUAAAAAAAAUGUGGUGCAAUAUUGCAGAGGAGGAAAAGUACUGAGGAAGGGGCAUUCAUUAAACAUAAUCUGAARUUAUGUGCUAAUUGAGGCUGUGUAAUUUCAGUGAUGCCAUGUCUCAGUGCCACACUUCUGUUGUCCUAUGCUCAUUUGCUUCCUACUGAUGUCAGAGGAGAGAGUGGCUUAACAGUCUAAAUUCUYCUUUGCAGUCACUCACUGAGAGACUGAUCAAAGUCAGUGGGAGGCCCRUUAUUUUUUUAAAUUUAUUUUUGCCUUUAAAAGGUUUUUUAUUGGACUGGUAUCCAAAUUUACCAGAUCUGAGGACUCUUAUUGGUGAAGGGUAAAUACUCUUCUGUAGAUACGUUUUUUGACACAUUGUUUUUUUCCUGUUUAAAAGUUGUUUUUUGGCAUUGUUCGCUAUGAAAUAGAAUAUGGACCUACCUCUGUUAAAUCCAUUUAAAUGUUCUGAUGAUUUCUAAGGAGAAAAAGCAGAUUCUGUUUCUUCUUUUUCUUUUGUUGUGAAUGUAAGAUCUGAAGACAUAUUAAAGACUGUUUUAACAAUAGUAACUAAUAGAAUUAAUAAAACUGUUUUCWGAGUAACAAAAUAAUGAUGUGCCACCAACAGAGUUUUUAGGGAACAAUGUCUAUGCAGUUGACUUACUUUUCACAACUGUUUUAAAUCACUGCUGUUUUAGAGCUCUUAACGGGGGGAAAAAAAGAAAAAAAAAAACCCACCAAAACAACCCAGAGGAAAUAAGUCAAUCUAAGCUUACUUAUGUUCACAGUGAAUCUUCAUUUUGUCAGCUUCCAUAAAUUAGGCACAGAGGCUGUACGGGGGAAAAUGGGACCUUAUGUAGUCCUGUUAGAAAAUGUAAAACUGAUUGAUUUCACUGAAAGUGGUACAGCUCUUUGAAGAUGAGUUUAACUCAAUUUAUAAAAAAGUAUGAUUUAUAUCACAUUAUAGAGAAAAGAAAGUAGGCCCAUAAUCUGGUUUAGUUCUGCUCUGCAAAGGAGUCAGAGUCCAGCCACCARCAGAAGAUGCAUUUUGAUUACAGUGAGCAUUUGUCUGUUCCUGCACAUCCUUCUACAGAAAAAAAACAAAAAAACAAAACCAGUUCARUGCUGUGGGAGAACAUCUUCUGUAGCUGUGUUCUGGAGCAGCACCACCAAAGCUGAAAGGUGCUGAGAGAAUGCUCAUCUUUCUGAGCUCAUUGUGUGAUCAGCUCAGCCAAAUUGUUUGURUAUGAGACUUAAAUCCAGUUUAAAGGGAUCAGAGCAGUGCAAUUCUCAGCUUCCAGCCAUUUCACAGGAAUUGAAUGGCAUGUGUCAGUGAGAUCCUCUCCGUGGGAUGUGCUGGCACACACAAGGUGCAGCUGCUGUGGACUUGAGAUUGAGAACCAAUUCUGGCCUUCUCAGUGCUUCCCAUAGAGAACAUGUGGGAUUUCUAGGAAACUGUACCCUAGGAUAGGCUGCUGGCUCAGUGCUACAGGGGGAAUGAUGGGAGCACUAACUGCUGUUUGCUUUUAUGGGCUCAGUCUGCAGUGAGUCAGUACAAGAUARAGAACAAAAGUGUGCAUGUAGGACUUACACAUACCAAAGACAUCUUAUGUAUCCUGCCGCUCUUGUUACCUGGGCAUAGCAAGUGCUAACUCCARACCAUUCCUAACUGCUUCCAAAGCAGUGAUGCCAAUGCUUUGCGGUAAAGCAAAGCAGCCAUUUGAUUUUUAAAACACAUACUAAUGGUGUCUGUGCGUAAGUGAAAAGGGAAAUAUGUAUAUUUGUGUUAGAACUGGAAAGAUAGUUGUUAAUCUUGGUGGAAAUAAAUACCUGUAUUGAUGUCUACAUAUCAUUUAAUUUAUUUUAUCACCRGCUAAGUACUAACACUCUGGAGAUAGCUGAGUCUCUCCACAAAGCAGGGGGACAACUCUGUGAGAUUCAAGUAACACAAGAUGAAUCGGAGCCUGGCCUGUAAUCUCUGAAGCUUUAUCAGACCUUCAGUGAUUUUUUUUUUUU